AUGGAACGCGAAUCCUUUGAAAAUGAGGAAAUCGCCGCGGUCAUGAACGAUCUUUUCAUCAACAUCAAGGUCGAUAGAGAAGAGCGUCCCGAUUUAGAUGAAAUCUACAUGCAAGCCGUUCAGAUCAUGACACGUCAAGGCGGUUGGCCCAUGACCGUCUUUCUCACCCCUGACCUGAAACCCUUCUACGGCGGAACCUAUUACCCACCCACCGACAGGUAUGGUAGACCGGGAUUCCCAAAGGUGAUGCACGCUGUUGCCGAGGCGUUCAGUGAUCAGAAUGUGCAGGUCCUGGAGCAAGCAGAACAAAUUACCACGCACCUUGCGCAAAUAGGUAACGUCGUUGACCCACACCACCAUGAGCUUACAGAACAACUGAUGACCCAUGCUUUUCAGCACUACAACUCCGAAUUCGAUUCGCAAUACGGCGGAUUCGGCAAUGCCCCCAAAUUCCCACCCAGCAUGGGAUUGCCCUUCCUAUUACGCUAUUGGCAUCAUACUGGCAACGCCAAUGCUUUAGAGAUGGUCGAACUCACGCUGGAGAAGAUGGCACGCGGUGGUAUAUACGACCAACUCGGUGGCGGUUUCCACCGAUAUUCCACCGACGCGCACUGGCUCGCCCCACACUUUGAAAAGAUGCUGUAUGACAACGCGCAACUCGUCGUCGCCUAUUUUGAGGCGUACCAAGCCACUCAGAAGCCGUUCUAUCGCGAUAUAGCCACCGAAACGCUUGACUAUGUUCUCCGCGAGAUUGAAGGCGUAGAGGGCAAAUUCUUCGUCUGGGAGCCGAACGAUGUGGAAGACAUUAUCGGCGAAGAGAACGCCGAAAUCUUCUGUGAGUAUUACGACAUCACCCCACAAGGCAAUUUUGAAGGAGAAAACAUCCUCCAGGUCCAAGUGCCGCCUGAUAUCUUUGCCCAAAAACUGCGUAUGGAGGUCGGAGAACUGGAAACUCUCCUCGCAGACGGGAAACGGAAACUGUUUGAUGAGCGAGAGAAGCGGAUUAAACCCGGAUUAGACGACAAAAUCCUGACCAGUUGGAACGGUAUCAUGAUCCGCGGCAUGGCAAUGGGAUAUCAACUGACCGGGAAACCGGAAUACCUUGAGGCAUGUGAAAAAUCUGCUGAGUUCGUCUUGACAACGCUAUCCCAAGAGAACGGACUCCUUUUGCGCACCUAUCGCGCCGGUAAAAGCCACCUCAACGCCUAUCUUGAGGAUUACGCCUACUUCAUUGCCGGGUUAAUCGCACUCUACGAAGCCAGUUUUGAACCGCGAUGGCUCACCGAAGCCGAGCGUCUCACACAUCUCAUGAUCGAUCAGUUCGGGGAUGAUGCAGGCGACGGAUUCUUCUUCACCGGCAAAGCGCACGAAACGCUUAUUGUCCAAUCCAAAUCCGCUUACGACGGUGCCACGCCUUCUGGCGCAUCCAUGGCGAUUCACAGUCUCUUACGGCUUGCCAAACACCUCGACAACCCCGAAUUCCACGACAAAGCCGUUGAGACCUUGUUGCUUUACUUCCAUCAGAUGGAGGGGAUGCCAUCGGGAUCCGGGCAGUUACUCUGUGAGUUAGCGUUUUUGCUGUCAACGCCAAAGGAGAUUGCCAUCGUCGGUGAAAAGGGAGAUGCGAAAACGGACGCGAUGUUAGCGGCGUUGCACGGUGUCUAUCAGCCCAACAAAAUCGUCGCCUUGAGCGAAUCCGCUGAUGGACAGACGUUACCACUCCUCGCGAACAAACCGCAGGUUGACAAGACUGCAACGGCUUACGUCUGCGAAAAUUACGUCUGCCAAGCCCCCACAACGGAUGUCGAAGCAUUCGUGGAACUACUUCAAUAA